AUGACGGAUAAGCUCCCUCCUAAUCUGUUGGCGCUCUUCGCGCCGCGCCCUCCUCUGCGAUGGGUUGCGCCUCCCGACCAUGCGCCCGAGGCUCGACGAACCCUCCCCGUCUCCGGACUUGCCGAGUUCCUUCCCGCGCUUCAGCAAUACAAGGAGGAGGACGAUUACAAGCCGACAGAAAGUUGGCUUCAGAUGCGCGACCGCAAGAAGCUCGAAAAGGUGGCAGCUGUCGAGAGGCUCAAGACCGAGGGGCCGAAGGACUUCAAGCCGCACGAGGAUUCCAACAUUCGUGGCGACGCUUUCAAGACCCUGAUUGUUGCGCGACUCUCGUACGAGGCCAAUGAGCAAGACCUCGAGAGAGAGUUUGGUCGAUUCGGCCCCAUUGAGCGCAUCCGCAUCAUCACUGACACGCAUGCUCAUGAGAGACCGAAAAAGAAGAAGAAGCCCCACCGAGGGUAUGCUUUUGUAGUAUUUGAACGAGAGAAAGACAUGAGAGCUGCUCUGGAUGCCUGCGAUGGUAUUCGAAUCAAAGACCGACGUAUCAAGGUAGACGUCGAACGGGGCCGCACCGUCAAGGGCUGGGUGCCCCGCCGAUUCGGCGGCGGCCUCGGUGGCAGAGGGUACACCAAGGCUCUUCCUGCCCGUCCCAUGGGCGGCGGUGGCGGACCUGGUGGCAACUUUGGCGGUGGCUUCCGAGGAGGUUUCCGUGGCGGCUUCGACGGAGGUCGCGGACGCGGUGGCUUCAGGGGAGGCGGUGGAGGUUUCGGCGGCCGUGGUGGCUUCCGUGGUGGCGGCGACUUCGGCUCCAGGGGUGGUGACCGCGGACCAAACGGAUACGGCGCACCCAGAGACGCCCCUUCGGGACCAGGUCGCGGCUUCGGAGGCGAUCGUGGCGACCGAGGCGACCGCAGCUUCUCCGGCGGUGGGUAUGACCGUGGUGGUGGCCGCUCAUUUGACGACAGAUCCGGCGGUGGCGGCGGCGGCGGCGGCGGCGGCGGCUACCGUGAUGGAGGCCGUUUCGGCGAUCGGGACCGCGAUGGUGGCCGACGGACUGGAAGCAACAUGGAGCCCAUCAGACCUAGAGGGGAAGGUGGGUAUCGCGACCGGGGUGACCGCGGAGAUCGAGGCGACAGAGAGGACCGAGACCGCGGCCGAGACAGAGACAGAGAUUACGACCGACCUCGCGAUGACGACAGCAGGAAACGAGGCUACGAAGGCGGCGGCUACGAGGAUCCUCGCAAGUUGCGUCGUUACUGA